UCCCCGACGCAAGAUGGCCUCUUCGCUGACGGGGAUGUUUUCGCAUCCUCCACAGAAUCCGCCGCCUCCUCCUCCUCCUCCACCACCACCUCCUGGACCCGGGCCCCAAGGAGCGGCCGCGGUUGGUCUGACUGCAGCUCCGGCGCGGCCUCCCAGCACUCUAGUGGAUGAGCUCGAGGCUUCGUUUGAGGCAUGCUUUGCAUCACUGGUCAGUCAAGACUAUGUGAAUGGUACUGAUCAAGAAGAAAUUAGAACAGGUGUAGAACAGUGCAUCCAAAGGUUUUUGGAUGUUGCCAGACAAACAGAAUGCUUUUUUCUCCAGAAGAGACUGCAGCUUGCUGUACAAAAACCUGAGCAAGUCAUAAAAGAGGAUGUUUCUGAAUUGAAAAAUGAGCUACAGAGAAAGGAGGCCUUGAUCCAGAAACAUCUGAGUAAGCUGCGCCACUGGCAACAAGUCUUGGAAGAUAUUAAUGUGCAGCCCAAAAAAUCAGACCUAGCUCAAGGCCCUUUGGCCUAUCUUGAACAAGCAUCUGCAAAUAUCCCAGCUCCGUUAAAGCAAACUUGAAAAUUAUUGCGAAAACUGAGGUGUCUGGAACUUUUAACUAUACUGCUGACACCACACCAGCUACCCCAAUUUCACUACCAAAACAGUUCCAAUUAGUCUCUAUGAAGGCAGUUUGCAUUUAUACAUGUACAGCAAUUAAAUCAUUUUUCAGUUACUGUUUGGAACUGCCAGGUAUAAAUUGCUGGUUGAGGUCAGUCAUUCUCAGUGUAAAAAUGUUUUGUGAAACUAUUGCUGCCGUGGUUUUAUAUAAAACUAUGUAUUGCUAUUAAGUCUGAGGAAUUUCUACAAUUUUCAGAACAAUUAAAAAAUCUUAUUGGACUUUUUUAGAUACA